CUUUGCGGUUGCCUGCGCUCCAGAUACAUCUGGAAAGAUCCUUGGCAGAAGUACAUUAAAAUCCUUACAUGGCUCGAUCUCGGCCCUGAGACGUUUCUCGCCAUGGAACUCUCGUCUCCCGGAAAGUUCGUGAACGUCAGAGCUUUUCGAGGAAGUGCAGCCGAGAGGAGUCUCCACGAGAUCCAAAAGCUUCGGCAUAGAAGCUUCAUUUCAGCGCUCGAGGCCUUCUCGACCAGGGAAGGUGUCUACGUUGUUUUUGAAGCAAUGCAGCUGAACUUGCUGCAUAUUAUCUCGUGUACCCGGUACCCUAGUCCCCACGAAGGCGCGGCGAUCAUUGGACAAAUCACGGACGGUUUGGUCUACCUAGAAGGUGAAGGGCUAGAACAUCCUAGACUGGACUGGGAGUUCAUUCUACUCAAUCAACAUGGCGAGGUCAAGAUAGCUUGUUGCGAGGUGUGCCAGCCUGUGCGGCCUGGUCGGAAGCACUGGGCGGCAGCCCGAAUCAAUACGAUCACACAAGGCUUGGUUAAUAAGGACGAAGACACAGAGGGCGUUCAUAACAAGGAAUGGCUUCCCAAUGCAGAUGCCGUAUCAUUUGUCGCCACGACGACAUCGGCACAAUCUGCAUCCGAGUUACAGCAGGUACUAAGUCUCACACCCCACUUCCAUGCAGCAGUACUGACAGCUGGUCUAGCACGCCUUUCUGAAGAACUUCGGACGGAAGGAUGCAUCGUGGGAUUGUGGCUGUUUGCUGGUCUUGAUCACGAUUAG